AUGGUGAAGAAGACGACACGCACUUGGACGGGUGCCAGCGAGGAGCUGGUGAAGACAAUCGAUGUUGUGAUGACGACGAAGACGAAGACAAUUUCUGGCGAGAAGAGCACCACGGUGGCGAUGAAGACGCGCGAGGAACGGAGGAACUUGAGCUGUGUGACAAAGGUCCUCGACGGCUACCAUCGCGAGUGGUGCCUCGGCUCUAUGAGUGCCACCCGCUCCAACUACGUUUGCAGAUGCCGAUUGGACGUGCAAGGACGCGAAUGUUACACGGGGCUCAAUACAUCGACGUGUCAGUGCGGUGAUGUAGAAUUGCAAGACGAAAAUACUCUUGUUGUUUUUGGUUUUGCUGGUGGGAGGAAUAACAAGUCGACGCUACGCAAGGUUUAA